AACUUAUACAACUCCAUCUCACCAAACCUUUUGAUAUUAACAAAUUUAAAUUUAAAGCUGUUAUUAGCUUGUUUAUGAAGUGUAAUUAGAUAUAGGAAGGUAAGGAGUUUCCAUCAAAGUCAGCACAUGCAAACAGAGAGUAAAGAGUCAGCAAUUUAGGCCCCUCUUGAGAGAGAAUUUUAGAUGAUUUCAUGAAAUUCAACCCCUUCCCAAUAACAGACGUGUCCUCACAUCAUUCUUCUUUUUAUGUGAUUCCCACUUUCUUCUUCUGUUUUCCUUCCUCCUCUUCUUCUUCUUCUUCUUCUUCUUCUUAAUUAACACUUUUUCUCUCCCUAAAAGUCUCUCUUUCUCCCUCAAUAAUUGUGUUCCCAAUAAUUCUAUCGAGAUAUCCAUAGCUCAAUAUUUGUGUCCAUGGCUGAGAAGGUGACGAUUAUGGUGCUCAAGGUUGAUCUCCAGUGUCCCUGCUGCUACAAGAAAAUCAAGAAAAUUCUCUGCAAAUUUCCCCAAAUAAGAGACCAGAUAUACAAUGAGAAGGCAAACAAGGUGACAAUCACUGUGGUAUGCUGCGACCCCGAGAAAAUUCGAGACAAACUAUGCUGCAAAGGUGCAAAGGUCAUCAAAAGCAUCGAAAUCGUCGACCCUCCCGAGCCCGAAAAGCCUAAACCGCCGCCGGAAAAGCCUAAACCGCCGCCCGAAAAGCCUAAACCGCCGCCCGAAAAGCCUAAACCGCCGCCGGAAAAGCCUAAACCGCCGCCCGAAAAGCCUAAACCGCCGCCCGAAAAGCCUCAUCCUCCAAAACCGGCUCCAAUGGGCCCAUGCGAUUGCCCACCGGUGAGGACGUGCUGUGGACAAUGCUCGGAAGGUUAUGGUGGGGGGCCAUGUUACUCUGGGUUCCCGCCACCGCCGCCGCCGCGGCCAUGCUGUGACGGUUACUAUUGGUACGGAAACCAUGAUAGGCCCUGCCACGUCACGAGAUGUGACUACUACUUUACCGAAGAGAAUCCUCAAGCCUGCUCCAUCAUGUGAUAAUAUGUUCAUUUUGUUGUUACACUGUAUAAUAAUAAAGGGUAUACGAAGAAGAAGCACGACGCACGUCAAAUAAGUCUUAUUUUAUUUUUAUUUUUUUAAUUCCUCAUUAUUUUGGGGGUUGUUAUUGUUCUUUGUCUGCUAUUGGAUUGCAGUACUUGCAUUCAACGCUCAUAUAUGCCACGGGCUUCAUUGAAUUCCAU